AUGUUUGAGAAAAACCAUACUUCAGUGACUGAAUUCAUAUUGCUAGGGUUAACAGACUCACCUGAAUUGCAAGUUCUACUCUUUGUAUUAUUUUUGGUGAUUUAUGCUCUCACAAUGAUGGGAAAUACAGGGAUGAUUACAUUAAUCAUGAUAGAUACCCAACUCCACACACCUAUGUAUUUUUUUCUGACUAACUUGUCCUUGGCUGAUAUUCUUUAUUCUUCAAAUAUCACUCCAAAGAUGUUAGUUGAUUUAUUGUCUGAAAAGAAAAUCAUCUCUUUUACUGGAUGCUUUCUGCAAAUGUAUGUCUUCAUUGCACUGAUAACCACUGAGUGUAUACUCUUUGGAUUGAUGGCUUAUGAUCGUUAUGUGGCCAUCUGCAAUCCACUGCUUUACCCAGUUACCAUGUCAAGAACAGUCUGCCUGAAGAUGGCCAUGGGGGCCUUUACAGCAGGAUUUCUGAACUCAAUUAUUCAUACCACUUACAUAAGUAGUUUAUCCUACUGUGGUUCCAAUGUCAUCCAUCACUUUUUCUGUGACAGCCCUCCAAUCCUCAAACUCUCUUGCUCUGAUACUCAAAUGAAUGAAAUGAUCAUUUUCAUUUGUGCUGGAAUAAACAUGUUAGGAACACUUUUGAUCAUCCUUACUUCUUAUAUCUAUAUUCUCUUUUCUAUUCUACGCUUGCAUUCAGUUGAAGGGAGACGCAAAGCAUUCUCAACCUGUGCCUCUCACCUUACAGUCAUUGCUAUAUUUUAUGGAACUGAGAUUGUUACUUAUUUGUGUCCAAGUUCAAGGUACUCCCCAACUCAAGGAAAAGUGAUAUCUGUAUUCUACACAGUAGUUAUCCCAAUGUUGAACCCUUUAAUCUACAGCUUGAGAAAUGAAGAAGUGAAGAGAGCUUUAAAGAAUGCUAUCUCUAGGAAAAGGAUUCCAACAUUUAUAUAA